AUGAAAAAUAGUGUAUAUGAUAUUGAUUCAUGUUAUACAUGUACAAAAAUAAGCGAACAAUUUGUUGAGAGUUAUAAAAAAACGGCUGGAAGUAAUUUUGGAGGAGGUAAUACAGAUUGGGAAGAAAAAAAAUUAAAAGGAUAUGCAAAAAGUGAAACUCGCCUAAUCGAAAUAAUGGAAAAUUCAUGUCCAAAAACUGAAUCUCAAUGUAGUACUUUUCUUGAAAAAUAUGAAGAUGAAAUUGAAGAAUGGUAUCAAACAAGUUCAUCAACAGAAAUUGAUAAGUUCUUUAAAUGGUUAUGUAUUGAUACAGCAAAAGUAUGUUGUCCUGAUGGAACAUUUGGUAAAAAUUGUCGACGAUGUCAAUAUGGUGAUAAUGGACGCGUCUGUUCAGGCAAUGGAAAUUGUGAGGGUGAUGGUAAAAGAUCAGGUAAUGGUCGUUGCAUUUGUGAAACAAAAUACAGUGGAACAAAUUGUUCAAAUUGUCAAAGUGGUUAUAAAAAAAUAAUUACUGAUAAUAAAGACGUGAUAUGUUCAGAUAUUAAUGAAUGUCAUUCAAAUUUCUUUCUUUCGCCUUGUGUUCUUCGUAAAUGUAAUAAUACAGAAGGUGCAUAUGAAUGUUACGGUGAACCAUUCUAUCAGGAAUUAUCAAAAAUGACUACAUUAGCAGUUCUUCUAAUUACUAUUAGUAUUUUUAUGUAUAAAGAAAUGUAUAAUCUUGCUACAUUAACCUGUGUAAUAACGUCAGUACUAUUAGUACUUUUCGUUCAUCAUAUUUUGUGA